GACUGCAAAAUCUGGAAACAUUCGAAGUAGAUGAUUGUCCAAAGAUGGAAGCGAUAGUCUCGGAGAAAGGAAAAGAAGGAACCACCAGUAAUGAUAUCAUCGUGUUCUCUCAAUUAACAACUCUUAAACUAUCUGAGUUGGUGAGCCUUAAAAGUUUCUACAACUGGCCUACAAGAUUUGAAGUACAACCGUUGUUCAACAACAAGGUUGCUUUCCCCGUCUUGAAGGAUUUGAAAAUUCAGGGAUUGCCUAACAUAAUAGAGAUAUGGGACCGGCAAUUACUCAUAGUCUCAGAAGAAGAAUCAAAGUCCUUCUGCCAACUGAAAGAUAUGAUGGUUUCUAAUUGUAAGAAAUUGGUACACGUGGUCCAGUUCAAUAUGCUCUCACGACUGCAAAAUCUGGAAACAUUCAACGUAGAUGAUUGUCCAAAGAUGGAAGCGAUAGUCUCGGAGAAAGGAAAAGAAGGAACCACCAGUAAUGAUCUCAUCGUGCUCUCUCAAUUAACAACUCUGCAUCUAUCUGAGUUGGUGAGCCUUAAAAGUUUCUACAACUGGCCUACAAGAUCUGAAGUACAACCGUUGUUCAACCACAAGGUUGCUUUCCCCGUCUUAGAGGAUUUGGAAAUUGAGGAAUUGCCUAACAUAAUAGAGAUAUGGGACAAGCAAUUAGUCAUAGCCUCAGAAAAUGAAUCAAAGUCCUUUUGCCAUCUAAAAGAUAUGAGGGUUUCUAAUUGUGAGAAAUUGGUACAUGUGGUUCAGUUCAAUAUACUCCCACGACUGCAAAAUCUGAAAAAAUUCAACGUAGAUAAUUGUCCAAGGAUGGAAGCGAUAGUCUCAGAGAAAGAAAAAGAAGAAGGAACCACCAGUAAUGAUAUCAUCAUGUUCUCUAAAUUAAAAACUCUUAAUCUUUCUGAGUUGGUGAGCCUUAAAAGUUUCUACAACUGGCCUACAAGAUCUGAAGCACAACCCUUGUUCAACCACCAGGUUGCUUUUCCCGUUUUGGAGGACUUGGAAAUUCAGAAAUUGCCUAACAUAAUAGAGAUAUGGGACGAGCAAUUACUCCUAGCCUCAGAAAAAGAAUCAAUGGCCUUCUAUGAAUUGAAAGAUAUGAUGGUUUUUAACUGUGAGAAAUUGGUACAUGUGGUCCAAUUCAAUAUGCUCCCACGACUGCAAAAUUUGAAAAAAUUGAACGUACAUAUUUGUCCAAGGAUGGAAGCGAUAGUCUCGGAGAAAGAAAAAGAAGACGGAACCACCAGUAAUGAUAUCAUCGUGUUCUCUCAAUUAACAACUCUUAAUCUUUAUGAGUUGGUGAGCCUUAAAAGUUUCUACAACUGGCCUACAAGAUCUGAAGCACAACCCUUGUUCAACCACCAGGUUGCUUUCCCCGUCUUGGAGGAUUUGAAAAUUAGGGAAUUGCCUAACAUAAUAAAGAUAUGGGACAAGCAAUUACUCAUAGCCUCAGAAGAAGAAUCAAAGUCCUUUUGCCAACUGAAAGAUAUGAGGGUUUCUAAUUGUGAGAAAUUGGUACAUGUGGUCCAGUUCAAUAUGCUCUCACGACUGCAAAAUCUGGAAACAUUCAACGUAGAUGAUUGUCCAAAGAUGGAAGCGAUAGUCUCGCAGAAAGGAAAAGAAGAAGGAACCACCAGUAAUGAUAUUAUCGUGUUCUCUCAAUUAACAACUCUUAAUCUUUCUAAGUUGGUGAGCCUUAAAAGUUUUUACAACUGGCCCACAAGAUUUGAAGCACAACCCUUGUUCAACCACCAGGUUGCUUUCCCCGUCUUAGAGGAUUUGGAAAUUGAGGAAUUGCCUGACAUAAUUGAGAUAUGGGACAAGCAAUUACUUAUAGCCUCAGAAGAAGAAUCAAAGUCCUUCUACCAACUGAAAGAUAUGAGGGUUUCUAAUUGUGAGAAAUUGGUACAUGUGGUCCAGUUCAAUAUGCUCUCACGACUGCAAAAUUUGGAAACAUUCAACGUAGAUCAUUGUCCAAAGAUGGAAGCGAUAGUCUCGCAGAAAGGAAAAGAAGAAGGAACCACCAGUAAUGAUAUCAUUGUGUUCUCUCAAUUAACAACUCUUAAUAUUUCUAAGUUAGUGAGACUUAAAAGUUUCUACAACUGGCCUACAAGAUCUGAAGCACAACCCUUGUUCAACCACCAGGUUGCUUUCCCCGUCUUGGAGGAUUUGGAAAUUGAGGAAUUGCCUAACAUAAUAGAGAUAUGGGACAAGCAAUUAGUCAUAGCCUCAGAAGAAGAAUCAAAGUCCUUCUGCCAACUGAAAGAUAUGAGGGUUUCUAAUUGUGGGAAAUUGGUACAAGUGGUCCAGUUCAAUAUGCUCUCACGACUGCAAAAUCUGGAAACAUUCAACGUAGAUGCAUGUCCAAAGAUGGAAGCGAUAGUCUCAAAGAAAGGAAAAGAAGAAGGAUCCACCAGUGAUGAUAUCAUCGUGUUCUCUCAAUUAACAACUCUUCAUCUUUCUAAGUUGGUGAGACUUAAAAGCUUCUACAACUGGCCUACAAGAUCUAAGGCACAACCCUUGUUCAACCACCAGGUUUGAUUUUCCUUUUUUAUUUUAUUAACCAUGGCCAUGGGAAA